AUGGCCACGAAGGCAGACGGUAGGCCCGGGGGGCUCCCCGGCGGUGGCUGUGACCUGGACAUAGCCCAAGAGCACAUGCAAGCGGUCACCCGAAACUAUAUCACCCACCCCCGUAUCACCUACAGGACUGUAUGCAGCGUCAAUGGGCCCUUGGUGGUGCUGGACCAGGUCAAGUUUGCCCAGUAUGCUGAGAUCGUCAACUUCACCCUCCCCGACGGGACUCAGAGAAGCGGGCAGGUGCUUGAGGUAUCAGGGACCAAGGCAAUUGUUCAGGUGUUUGAAGGAACCUCUGGGAUCGAUGCCCAGAAGACCACCUGUGAAUUCACAGGGGACAUUCUACGGACUCCAGUGUCAGAGGACAUGCUAGGUCGGGUUUUCAAUGGCUCCGGUAAGCCCAUUGACAAGGGGCCAGUGGUCAUGGCAGAGGACUUCCUGGAUAUUAAUGGCCAGCCCAUCAACCCCCAUGACCGCAUCUACCCUGAGGAGAUGAUUCAGACUGGUAUCUCUCCCAUUGACGUCAUGAACAGCAUUGCCCGUGGUCAGAAGAUCCCCAUCUUCUCAGCAGCUGGGCUCCCCCAUAAUGAGAUUGCCGCCCAGAUCUGCCGCCAGGCUGGGCUGGUGAAGAAGUCCAAGGCUGUGCUGGAUUAUCAUGACGACAACUUUGCCAUUGUCUUUGCGGCCAUGGGGGUGAACAUGGAGACAGCCAGGUUCUUCAAGUCUGACUUCGAGCAGAACGGUACCAUGGGGAACGUCUGCCUCUUCCUGAACUUGGCCAACGACCCCACGAUCGAACGGAUCAUCACCCCGCGCCUGGCACUGACCACUGCUGAAUUUCUCGCCUACCAGUGUGAGAAGCAUGUGCUGGUCAUACUGACCGACAUGAGUUCCUACGCAGAGGCCUUGCGGGAGGUCUCAGCGGCCAGAGAGGAGGUGCCCGGGCGCCGAGGUUUCCCAGGAUACAUGUACACAGACCUGGCCACCAUCUAUGAGCGGGCAGGCCGUGUGGAGGGCCGGGGAGGAUCCAUCACUCAGAUUCCUAUCCUCACCAUGCCCAAUGACGAUAUCACCCACCCAAUCCCAGACCUGACGGGCUUCAUCACAGAGGGACAAAUCUAUGUGGACAGACAGCUUCAUAACAGACAGAUCUAUCCCCCCAUCAAUGUGCUCCCUUCCCUGUCGAGGCUAAUGAAGUCCGCCAUUGGGGAAGGCAUGACGAGAAAGGAUCAUGGAGAUGUCUCCAACCAACUGUAUGCUUGCUACGCCAUCGGGAAGGAUGUGCAGGCCAUGAAGGCGGUUGUGGGGGAGGAGGCACUCACUUCGGAGGACCUGCUCUACCUGGAAUUCCUGCAGAAGUUCGAGAAGAAUUUCAUCAACCAGGGUCCCUACGAGAACCGCUCGGUGUUUGAGUCCUUGGACCUCGGCUGGAAGCUGUUGCGCAUCUUCCCCAAGGAGAUGCUGAAGCGCAUCCCACAGAGCGUGCUGGAUGAGUUCUACUCCCGCGAGGGGGCGCCGCAGGACCCCGCGUCAGACACCGCGCUCUAGCCCCGCCCACAGCCAGACCCCAGCCGGUCCUGGGACCGCUGCUACACCGGUUCUACUCCCGCGCACGCCUCGAGUCCCACAUCCCACACACCAAACCAACCGCUUGAGUGCCUCUGUCAGGACCCUGCCCGCUCCCACCCUUCAUCCCUCUCCCUGGAGUCUCCACACUGGGAAAGAACUAAGCCUGUAUUAAGCACUUGAGAAUCACUUAGAGACCUUUGUAAAAUACCAAGGCCCAGGCUCCAAACCAGAUCAAUUAAUCCAAAUCUGUAGGCAAAAGUCCUCUGCAUCGGUAUUUUCCCCCCAGGAACAGCCAGAGUGGCAAUUACUGGUAUAGAGACUGCGAGAUAACCCAGGUAAAGAUAAUGAGGGCUGACACACUCUCCAACCCCAACACAUACAUAGAGUUUGCUGUCAUUCUUAGGACCCUAGCACCCCAGGAACAACAGCCCACAGAAUCCCCCAAUGCCAGGACCUCCUCAAGCUUCGUCCCUGCAAAGCAUUGUCACUUUAUCUUAAUUUGUUCAUUGG